AUGGAGACUCUCAAAGCGGUCUUUUUUGGCCCUGAUCCUCAGACGCAGAUGAGGAAAUGCAAUCAGAUCAUCCGUUCUAAUACCCGCCAAUUGGAUCGCGAUAUCAUGCAACUAAAGACUCUCGACACGAAAACACGACAGUAUAUUCUAAACGCCUCCCGACGAGGCCAACGGAACCCGUCACAGGCCAAGCAGGCCCAAACUGAGAGCAAGACAUUUGCACGAGAGCUGGUGCGGAUCCGAAAGCAGUCGACCCGCCUGACUACGAGCCGGGCUCAACUUCAGAGUGUCCAAAUGCAAGUGAACGAGGCCUUUUCGAUGCGCAAGAUUCAAGGGAGUCUCAAGACGUCGGCGGGGAUCAUGAAAGACGUCAAUACGCUCAUACGACUUCCCGAGCUAUCAGCCACAAUGCAUCAGCUUUCGACGGAGUUAGUGCGCGCCGGUAUCAUUGAAGAGGGGGUGGACGAUGCGAUCCCCAACAACGAUUUCCUAGAAGAUGAGAUCGAGGACGAGGCCGAUGCCGAAGUGGACAAGAUCCUGCAGGAGAUCCUACACGGCAAACUUUCCCAAGUCGAAGACAUCAAGCCGGAGAAGCCCAUCGAGGAGGAGACCCCAGCGGUCGAAGAGCAAUUCGAGGAUCAAGAAGCUGCUCUUGCCCAGAUGAGGGGACGACUGGAAGCUUUGAAGAGCUGA